AUGUCAUCCCCAGAAACCUACGAGACUCGCUACAGUCGAUACAAACGAUCGACUCAAAACGUGGCGCUAUGGCUUGCGGUCACUGAUCGUGAUUUCAAGCCUCAGCAGGGCGAGUACAUCCUCAUUGCCAGUCAGUUCGUGGAGCUGGCGAACAACAUCGUCGCUUGCAAAUAUGCAGACCACGUCCCCAGGCCGAUCGUCAGUGACCUUUGCUACACCAUCAACAGUCGUUGGGCUCAGUCCAAAUUCUACCAGGACGAGGGUUCGGCGUCAUACAAGACUCACCAGCACUUCAUUCAACAACUUGAACGACUUUACGAGACCCUCCGUCCUCUCAUACUAGACGAACAGGAGACACAUUUUGACUCAGAGGAUCCUGACACGGCUGCUAUGGCGAAUCGGUUCGAGGGGCUCAAGAUCGAAGAAUCUUCGAAAGAGUUCCUGGAGGCACCGGACACUCCUGCGCGCCAUGCAUAUACUACUAACAAUCUCAUCGUUGAGGACUCCACCGAUCAAGAGUUCGGAGUGCUCCUCCUCCUCCAAGACCUCUGGUCGAUCCGUCAAUCUGUCCAGCAGACAUGGACGAAGCACCAUCAGGGCAAAUGCACCCUCGAGGCCGCGGCCGUGACCACCGAUAUCGCGCUCCACGUCGCUGCUGAAUUAAUGCAGGAGGGCCUCAAACCUUUCAGCGACGACCUCCAGGCUUUCGAUCCAAUCAUGACCAGGAUCCUUCAAGAAAUGCACCGCACUGCGCCACAGGAUCGACCGUACUGGUACGAAGUGGUGCGGAACCUGCACAUGGUGGCGGAGAUUCUCCUUCCCCUCGUCGGCGGCUGGAAGGAGGAGAAUGAUGCCGUGCUGUCCGAGCCGACGGCCCCGGCCCUCGAUUCCAGCCGACCGCUGGACGAGAUGAUGGACACCGAGCGAAGCGUUGUGGCGUUUGUGCUGCUCAAAGAGGUGGUCCGCGAAUGCGGCCUGUGGGGCCCGCAUCACCCGCGUCUCUGUGCCACGAUGGACUGGUUCACCAUGAUGCUGGGCUACGGGCAGGAGAAACGGGCGAUUAACUACGAAGUCGCGUUCGCCGCCCUCGUUGACAUUGAUAUCCGUCUCGCGAUGGGUGCGGACGCCGCCCAGCCACGUCUGCAGCUUCAGGCGUGGACCAGGAUUACUAAGAAGACACUUGGGAAGGAUCACGUUAACGCUCGACGGCAGUCGCUUGGUGUCUUGACGGAGCAACUCUUCGGACUCUUCUCGUGCCAGCCCCUGCUCGCCGGGAAACUGCUGUGGCUCUGGAAGGUCUCCCUAUACCGACGCCUCCUAAAUUUGAACAAGUCUCGUGGUGUCCUCCUGGGCAUGUUCCAUCUCUACAACGCUGCCGCCUGCGAGAGUCUGCUGCCAGCCGGGUGGACCUGGCCCGCGCUGCAGCAGCUGAUCGACGCCCUCGGCCCUAUCUUCCUCGGAGGGAAGCUUCCCACAGAGCGUGCGCGGUACAGACAGUCUCUGCAAUACAGCCUCAGUCCGAAGGGCCGGGCCCGCUGGGUCGACGACGGCCUGAUUCCGCCGAUGAACCAGAUGGUGAGCAGCCCGCACAGCCUCCAACGGCACUGGACGCCCCAGGAUAUCCAGCGCGUGCUCACCGACUCCAACAAGUGCACCAAAAAGAGGGCCGAUGGUGACCGACCGCAGCCAGUGUUCGAGUGCCAGCUCGACGCGACCAAGAUCCUGCAGCAGGUGCUCGAGAAGGGAAAGGAGAUUCGCCGGUCCCCGCUCAUCUCCCAGAAUGAUCUUCUCGUCGGCGUUGCGGUGGUGAUCUUUUCGCACAAGAAAGAGCGCAAGUUCCUGGGCAAGGUUGCGCAGAUCAUGAAAGCCGUGCUUGGGUCGAAGUAG